AUGCAAGUUCCUAAAAUUGAAGCCUCAUAUUCCAUUCCUUAUGAAGAUGGUAAUUUUGAACAACCCGGAUUUUUCAAUGACAAUGAGCAGAGUUUUGAAGAAUCAUCUCCAUCAGUAGCACCACCUCAAGCUAGUAACUCUUACAUAUUAGUAACAAACCUGCGCACUCAGCUUCAGAUCUCUCUAGAGAAGAACUCUUGGCUAAUUCAGAGCCAGAUCAGAGACAGUAUAGUAAUGGUUAUGACUCUGGUCGCUAUGUAUGGAGAGGAAGAAAAAAUGAUGAGCGCACUAUGGAGCAACAGAAGACAGAUUCUCAGCAUUUUCAAACACAUCAAGUUAUUCAUCGAAGAUCUGGUCCUGCAGCAAUGA